GGAUUCUCUCAUUGAUGGUUGCAAGGGGGUAGUUCAUGUUCCUAGAGAGUGAAACUGUCCUGGGGAAGGAAAGUGUUGGAUUAACCAACUGUUGACUUCAUAAAGGCGCAAACAAGAGAGGGAACUUUUGAAACACCUAACGGUGUCUGCCUUUUUUCUCUUGGAUAGGAGAGCGGACUUAAGUUUUCAUCAUGCCGGUUUUUCACACAAAGACGAUAGAAAGUAUCCUAGAGCCGGUGGCUCAGCAGAUAUCCCAUCUGGUGAUAAUGCACGAAGAAGGUGAGGUAGACGGGAAAGCUAUCCCGGAUCUCACGGCACCGGUGGCUGCGGUGCAGGCGGCUGUGAGCAACCUGGUUCGGGUGGGGAAAGACACUGUCCAGACUACAGAGGACCAGAUAAUGAAGAGAGAUAUGCCUCCAGCUUUCAUCAAGGUGGAGACUGCAUGCACCAAGCUGGUGCAGGCAGCGUCUAUGUUGAAAGCAGACCCUUACUCCGUCCCCGCUCGGGAUUACCUCAUCGACGGCUCCCGGGGCAUCCUCUCUGGCACCUCGGACCUGCUGCUGACCUUCGACGAGGCUGAGGUUCGUAAAAUCAUCCGCGUCUGCAAAGGUAUCCUGGAGUACCUAACCGUGGCAGAGGUGGUGGAAUCAAUGGAGGACCUGAUCACAUACACAAAGAACCUGGGACCAGGGAUGACGAAGAUGGCCAAGAUGAUUGACGAGCGACAGCAGGAGCUGACCCACCAGGAACACCGCGUGAUGCUGGUCAACUCCAUGAACACAGUCAAAGAGCUGCUCCCUGUACUCAUCUCAGGUAUCAAGAUCUUUGUGACGACCAAGACGUCCGGCAGCCAGGGAGUAGAGGAGUCUCUGAAGAACAGGAACUUCACCUUCGAGAAGAUGAGUGCUGAGAUCAACGAGAUCAUUAGGGUGCUGCAGCUCACCUCCUGGGACGAAGACGCCUGGGCCAAUAAGAAGGAUACAGAGGCCAUGAAGAGAGCUCUGGCGCUCAUCGACUCUAAGAUGACCCAGGCCAAGAGCUGGCUGAGAGAUCCCAACGCCCAACAAGGGGAUGCAGGAGAACAGGCCAUCCGUCAGAUCCUGGAUGAGGCUGGGAAGGUGGGAGAGCUGUGUGCUGGGAAGGAGCGGAGGGAUAUCCUGGGCACAGCCAAAACCCUGGGCCAGAUCACUGACCAGGUGUCUGAGAUGAGGGCCAGGGGUCAGGGGGCAUCUCCUGCAGCCAUGCAGAAGGCCCAGCAGGUCUCCCAGGGCCUGGACGUUCUCACGGGAAAGGUGGAGAAUGCAGCCCGGAAAUUGGAGGCCAUGACCAACUCCAAACAGGUCAUCGCCAAGAAGAUCGACGCUGCUCAGAACUGGCUGGCAGACCCCAACGGUGGUCCUGAGGGAGAGGAGAACAUCCGAGCCCUCCUGGCUGAGGCCAAGAAGAUCGCUGACAUGUGUGAAGACCCCAAGGAGAGAGAUGACAUCCUGAGGUCCAUCGGAGAGAUGGCUGCUCUCACCGCCAAGCUCUCUGAGCUCCGGAGACAGGGUAAAGGAGACACUCCGGAGGCCAGGGCAUUGGCCAAGCAGAUAGCCACGGCUCUACAGAACCUGCAGUCUAAGACCAACAAGGCUGUAGCCAACAGCAGGCCUGCAAAGGCAGCAGUCCACCUGGAGGGGAAGAUAGAACAGGCCCAGAGCUGGAUGGAGAACCCUACCAUUGAUGACGGUGGAGUGGGCCAGGCAGCUAUCCGGGGUCUGGUGGCGGAGGGCCAUCGUCUGGCUAACGCCCUGCCAGGUCCCUAUAGACAGGAGCUGCUGGGGAAGUGUGAGCAGGUAGAACAGCUGAUGGCCCAGCUAGCCAACCUGGCCGCCAGGGGCGAGGGGGAGUCGCCACAGGCGCGUGCCGUGGCUCAACAGCUCCAGGAGACCCUGAAGGACCUCAAAGAAAAGAUGCAGGAAGCUAUGACUCACGAGGUGUCGGACAUCUUCAGCGAUACGACCACUCCCAUCAAACUACUGGCUGUAGCCUCCACCGCCCCGCCCGAUGCCCCGAACAGGGACCAGGUGUUUGACGAGAGGGCGGCCAACUUUGAGAACCAUGCCAACAAGCUGGGUGCCACGGCAGAAAAGGCUGCCGCUGUAGGAACAGCUAACAAGAGCACUGUGGAGGGGAUCCAAGCUGCCGUCAAGUCUACAAGGGACCUGACACCACAGGUGGUCUCUGCUGCCCGUAUCCUGCUGAGAAACCCAGGCAACCAGGCUGCUUACGAGCACUUUGAGACCAUGAAGAACCAGUGGAUUGACAACGUGGAGAAAAUGACAGGUUUGGUGGAUGAGGCCAUAGACACCAAGUCUCUGUUGAAUGCCUCUGAGGAGGCCAUUAAGAAAGACCUGGAUAAGUGUCGCGUGGCCAUGGCUAACCACCAGCCCCAGAUGUUAGUGGCCGGGGCCACCAGCAUCGCCCGGCGGGCCAACCGGAUCCUCCUGGUGGCGAAACGAGAGGUGGAGAACUCUGAGGAUCCCAAGUUCAGAGAGAUAGUGAAGGCUGCGUCUGAUGAGCUCAGCCGGACCAUCUCUCCCAUGGUGAUGGACGCCAAGGCUGUGGCUGGGAACAUCACAGAUCCAAGUCUGCAGAAGGGCUUCCUGGACUCAGGCUAUAGGAUCCUGGGUGCCGUUGCCAAGGUGAGAGAUGCCUUCCAGCCACAGGAACCAGACUUCCCACCACCACCUCCUCCUGAUCUGCAUCAGCUGCACGUCAGCGACGAGCCCGCCCCACCCAAACCCCCUCUCCCAGAGGGUGAGGUUCCUCCCCCCAGACCCCCUCCCCCAGAGGAGAAGGACGAGGACUUCCCAGAGCAGGAAGUGGGAGAGAUGGUGAGCGAGCCCAUGAUGAUGGCCGCCAGGCAGCUCCACGAGGAGGCCCGCAAGUGGUCCAGCAAGGGUAACGACAUCAUCGGUGCAGCCAAGAGAAUGGCCUUGCUCAUGGCUGAGAUGUCCCGUCUGGUGCGCGGUGGCAGUGGGAACAAGCGUGCCCUCAUCCAGUGUGCCAAAGACAUCGCCAAGGCCUCAGAUGAGGUCACGAGGCUGGCCAAGGAGGUGGCCAAGCAGUGCACAGACAAACGCAUCCGGACCAACCUGCUCCAGGUGUGUGAGCGGAUCCCCACCAUUAGCACACAGCUCAAGAUCCUCUCCACAGUCAAGGCCACCAUGUUGGGUCGUACCAACAUCAGCGAGGAGGAGUCCGAGCAGGCCACAGAGAUGUUGGUUCACAAUGCCCAGAACCUGAUGCAGUCUGUGAAGGAGACGGUAAGAGAGGCUGAGGCUGCCUCCAUCAAGAUCCGGACGGAUGCAGGCUUCACCCUCCACUGGAUCCGAAAGACCCCCUGGUACCAAUAAGAAGAGACAGGCCAACUGUCCUUUCAACUGUGUCCCAAAUGGCUCUCUAUUCCCUAUGUAGGGAACUACUUUUGACCAGGGCUCAUGUCUUUGGUUAAAAGUAGUGCACUAAAUAGGGAAUACAGUAGGUUGCCAUUUGGGACACAAGUUAUUAUGUUCCUCUGCUCAAGGCCCAGCCUGUUAAGAAGAAGAAAACACCCAGACCCUUUGAGCGAUAGAUUUGACGGACACAUACAUACUAAUUCCAAGCUACUAUGAUUGAAAGCCCUGCCUGGUUGGGGUAAAAAGAGUGAGUUAAUACUGAAUACACUAUUUAUCAGUCGAUGUCAAUCCCAUACCUGCCUGUAAACGGUGACAGUUUUGGUACAAUGUAAAAGAAGGGACUAUCCAAUGCAACUAUAACAUGGUUUAGAAUGAUUCUUACUGGGAAAUUAUUUUGUCUAAUUGUGUAAAAAGUGCAGGGUAUACACUUCCCAGGCAUAUGUAUAUAUAUAUAUUAGAGGUUUGCUUUUCGUAUCCAGUAAGAUUAAAGGAGUACUAUUACCAGUCUCAGUUAAACAUGCAGUAGCCCCAUGGCGAGAAGAAGAUUGGAAUAUUAUUAAGAUUUGUCUUGGAAGACAUUUUUAUAUCUUUAUACCUGUUCUUUAUUUCACCAUUUGCAUUGUGCAGUCAUUCACCGUUGCUAGGAUAAAGCACAUCCAACUCAAUGGGAGUUGGUUCAAGCAGAUCGUUAUGCUGAGCUCUACACGCAAAUAUAUAUUAUUCAGUGGUAUUAUGUCUGUUUACACUAUGCUAUGUUCUAGAAACGGAAAAAUAAACAUUAUUCCUUGUUCCAUAUUUGUAUUAGAUAGUGAGUUGGUUUUUGUAGCAAUGUUUUUUUGUUUGUUUUUUAUUGUCAGGACUGUCAGAGUUUAUUCUAGCCUGGUCCCAGAUCUGUUUGUGCUAUUUGUGCCGGAGUUGGCGUGAUAGCACUAAACAGACUAGCACCAUUUAACUUUUUUAAUAUAUUUUUUUCUGUCUUGGGGUUUAUUAUAUCUGCACUGUUGGAAAACAUAAGGGCUAGCUCUUCAGACAUAUUGCGUAGAGAAUGUCUUAUUAACUUAUAAUGUUCACAACCAUUUAGUGUACAAAAGAGGUGAUGAUUGAAAUUAAAUAUCCAUUAAGAUUACUUGCAUUCAGCUCUGUCAGUUUCAGGACUAGCUUGAUUUUUCACCAUGUUGCAUUGAGAUUACAUGUAGGCCUUAGGUCUGGCGCUCUAUACUUUGUACUUCUCAGUGAAACUAUAGCAAGCCAGUCUCCGUGUUUUAGGCUGACUAGAGGCUAACUAUGCUGUAAUGUUUAAACUGUUUCUUGACGUAACGUGGUGUGCACUGCACGGCCAAUUUUGUGAAAGAUGAAUGAAUGAUAAUUCAAACACUUUGAAGAUGAGGUCUGGGUAUGGGGGAUAAAGACUCUGUGUGGACAAGAUGAAGAAACUGAGACCCUACAAAACAUCUGCGCCUCGUAAUAAAAACACUCUGAUUGCAA